GAAGGAUUGGCCCUCUGCGGGAUAUAAGAUGCUGCAGGUUCGGUUUGGGGUGGUGCACUCUGUCCUGGCGCUUACUCUGCUGCGGUGGCACACCGGCACUGCUGCCCUCGCUGAGGCAGCUCCACAGCCCUUUGACUCUUCCAUAGUAUUAGGCAUGGAAGCACAUUCUGCAUCCAGCGAAGAGAAGUCCGCCACUGACCUGGCAGCUAAGCUGCUGCUUCUUGAUGAGCUAGUGUCUCUGGAAAAUGACGUGAUUGAGACCAAGAAGAAAAGAAGUUUCCCAGGGUUUGGGUCUCCUCUCGAUAGACUUUCUGCUAGUUCGGUAGAUCUGAAAGGCAAGCAGAGGAAGGUGGUGGAGUUGCCCAAGCGACGAUUUGGAAUUCCUCUAGACCGAAUCGGAACGAACCGUCUCGCCAGCACCAGAGGUGCAUCUAUGCUGGAUGAUUGAUGCUGUAUUGGGAAUGUCACAGAGAUAUGGAAGAUGCUUCAGAGAGUGUCUUGUCAUUGAUUAAUGAUUCAACAUUUAAGGAAUUGACCUGCUGCAAAAUCUAUUUCACAUUGUAUUUUACAAACAGUAACAGAUUCAAUCCAUCAGAUCAGAACAUUCUCACAGCGACGUUUUGGUCUGACAAUAAAAGGGAACAGAAAAUGAGUGUAUAUAAUUUCACUGCAUGACCAUUUUUUUUUAACUCAUAAAAGUUUCUUAUCCUAGCAAGGACUAUUAGAAUCUUUGAAGAAAAAUAAAACUUUUAGAGAUGCCAACAGCACUCCAGGAAGGCAGAAUUGCUUUGUAAAUUUCACUCAAGAGGGUUGGUUAUUUGUUUCAUGUGGCUAAAAGAAAGAUUUACUGGUUAAGGGGACAAAUCCAGCUUUUAUUCAGUCCUUAUUCAGGCAAAACUUUUACUGAUGUCAGCAGGAGUUUACUGAAUAAAGCCUGUGUAAAUACCUUAGGAUUUAGCCUGAUACUUGUAACAAUCUUUCCCUUACCUCUCUUGUAUCUAUGUCAUGAAUCUUUUCAUCUGACAGACACUGAAACUUGGUGAGGCUGUUACUUCCAUUACACCUCAGAGCUGAUUAGUUCCUUUCACUCCUUCUUGUACAUACGUGGGAUGAACUGGAGGUGCCCUCCAAGUAGGAGGUGACAUGGCCACUGAGCCAUCUUCAUACAGCACCUGGCUUUAGCUCCCUGAAGUGUUUAGGACAAGGAGAUUUCACCCCCUCUUCCUUCUCUCACCCUGCAAAACAUGACCGGGGUCAGAGAUGUGGCUCAAUUCCAGUGUUUGGAUUUGCAUCCAGAUCUGAUUUUUCCUGAAGCUGGGGGUGUUCAGUGCUGGAAUUUGGGUCCAGCCCAUUACAAAGAAAGGGGAGUCAGCUGGAUAGCUCAGAUCAGGAUCCAAACUCCAAGGGUGAUUUGUACCAAUCUGUCAUCAGGAAUAAUCAUAUAGUGUCAUCCAGGAAAGGAACUAUGUCAGCAUGGGACCAUAGGAGGCUGGGCCAUACCAGGCUCUUUCUUUUAAGUGUGACUGAAGCAAGGCAGCAAGCAGCAAUGUGCCACAAAACCCAGUUUUAGGCAGGUGGGCUGUGGCCUAUGUGGAGUAGUGAAUUAAGCAUCCACCUUCUGAUCUCAUGUACUACGCAGAGGAGGGAGACUGGCCACCAGUGGAAAGUUGGCUGAGUAGGGAGGAAUCCGGACAACUCCCCAAGAGGAACUAAUGUUUCCUGACAGUUCCUACCCUCCCUCCCCCUCCGCUCCCCGUGACUGGAACUGAAGCUGGUUGAAAACAAGGAAUUUUCACAGAAAUCUUUAUUUUUGUCAACAUUUCUAGUUUAGAAAACUUCUCGAUUCUUACAAAGCUGUGGCCUCAUAGGAUUUCAUAGCUGUAGCUUGUCACAAAUCUGUACUCCAAGGCACUUUGGCCUUCACAGCCACAUAGCUCUGCUGUUUGUUGUAUCUGCCUUUGAAUGGACUGUGGGAUGGCACACACCAAUUUUCUCUGUCAGAUAGGAAAAGAUGGGUUUGGUUGUCAGUUCUCUGCCUUUUUUUAAAUAUAUAUAUAUAUAUAUAUAGCUAUUAUCUUUUAACCACUGAUUUUGUAGCAUAGUCGCAAAUGAUCACAGCCCCAGACUGAAAUCUGCAAUGUUACAGAAAGAAAGAAGGGCUGUGCCUGAGACAUGACGAGUCGCCUCAUUCAUUUACUCCCGUUUUUCUGGGGUCUGCUGAAAUUUGUGUUGAAUUCUGCUUAUUUCUUUAAACAUGCAGUCUGAGGGGGACUCUCUCCCGGUUACACACCUGGGGAGGCUCAGACUGGAGAAAUCCAGAACUAAUGCAUUAUGUUAUAUAAAGGUAAUAAUUGGAGAUAUACCAAUCUCCUAGAACUGGAAAGGACCUUGAAAGGUCAUUGAGUCCAGCCCCCUGCCUUCACUAGCAGGACCAAUUUUUGCCCCAGAUCCCUAAGUGGCCUUCUCAAGGAUUGAAUUUACAACCCUGGGUUUAGUAGGCCAAUGCUCAAACCACUGAGCCAUCCCCCCUAAUAUUUUGUUGGGAUGCUAAAACUACAUUACAAUAAAAUGUACUGCGUAACUAUUGGUCAGCGUUAGCCCUUUUCUCUGUUCUAACCACAGAUAAAUAUUGCAGUCUACAGGCAUGUACAGAAAUAUCUCCUUCAGGACUCCUGGGUUCUCUUCCAAACUGCCACUGGAUUGCUUGUUUUACUGUGGCCAAAUCAUGUAGCCUCUCUUUUCUCAGUUCAUCCACCAAUGCCUAACUUGAAAGGGUGUUCUGAGGCUUAAAUUUGUUUGCAAAGCACUUUUUUAAUCAAUGGAUGAAAAGUCCUAUUUAAAUACGAAGCAUUAGGAGGCCUGUGAAAGCUCUGUGUUAAAACUGGAUAGAAAAGAGUAAGCCUGGGCACCACUGCGGUUCUCACAGUCGAAUCACGCUGGCCAAGGUUUUUGUACAUAGCAUGGAGGUUAGCAAACAUGAGGUGAUGAUACUGUGACAUGUACUGUGUAGCAACUUUACCUGUUUUCCUCUGUUCACAAAACCAUUCGGAUGGGGUGUCUGCUAAUAA